UCCAACGCCCGCGCUUGACUCUCAGGAAGCGGCUCGGAGGCUCAUCCGCCGCGGGCAGAUUCCCAUAACCGACACGGAUUCCGACAAUCCCGAUGCCACGGCCGUGCGGUGUCUACGCCGUCUGUCGUCUGUGGUAAAAGUGACUCUUUGGCACGGCUUUCUUCUACUGUAUACGAUAACGCUGGAUGGUUGCGCUCAGGAAAAUCACCAGAGACAUAUGUCGCCUGUUGGGGCUCGCCGGCGGUCCGCCUGCGCAGCAGCAGGAAGGACAGAUGGACUGUGGUGCUGUACUCUCUGACCCAAGUGAUGCUGGGGCUUUGUCACAGGAUGCAUUAAAUGUCGAGGAGGAUCUGAGCGAGGACGAGAAUGUCAGACGCAGAGCAGAGCGACGCAGGACCAAAAGAAAGCGCCGUCGAAAACGUAAGAAGCAGGAGCAUGUGAAGCAAAGCGAGACAGCUGAACAGGAUGAUGAAGAUAGAGGCAGCAAGUCUGAAUUGGAUGACAGUGAAUCGGAAGUGGAAGCUAAGACGGAGGGGCACACACAUCUGCAAAAUGAGGACAAAAAGGAUGCAAACCAGCUUGCCUCAUACAAGCUUGCUACCUCCAACACCACCACUGCUUCCAGAGAGCAUCACAAGGCAAGAUCAACUGAAGAGGAGCCAGAGUGGGACAUGAGCAGUGCCUUCUUUGCAAACGCUGCCAGCCACAUCAAGCAUAAAGGAACAUGCUGCAAGUCCAAAGAGAACAAAGAAAACGAGGCCAAAAAGGAGACAAACGUAAUUGACACCACGACGAAGAAAAGUACAUCACUUGCAGAAAAAGGGAUAAAGCUGGUGCAACAGGGGCAGUACUCAAAAGCAGCCUGCUUGUUUACAGAAGCCAUCAAAUGUGAUCCAAAUGAUUACAGGUUCUACGGGAAUCGUUCUUAUUGCUAUUACUGCUUAGAGAAGUACCCUCAGGGCCUGGCAGACGCCGAGCGCUCCAUCCACCUGGCUCCAGACUGGCCCAAAGGACACUUCCGCAAGGGCAGUGCUCUUAUGGGCAUGAAGCGGUACUGUGAGGCGGAGAAGGCUAUGGAGCAGGUGCUAAAACUGGACAAAGACUGUGAAGAGGCUGUCAAUGAACUCUAUAAUUGCAAAGUGCUGCAAUUGAUGGAGUUUGGUUUUGAAGAGGUAGAGAGCACGUUGCUGCUGGAGAAAUUCUCGACAGUGCAAGCUGUUUUGACUUGUUGCUUCGACACCGCCGGAGCUGCAAGCCAAGAUCAGUCAGUUACACAACUUGGCCCUUGCCCAUCUCUGUGGGUGGGAAAUGUGACGACGGAGCUGACAGAAAAACACCUCAAGAACCUUUUUAAAAUCUAUGGUGAGAUUGAGAGCAUCCGCGUCCUGCACGAGAGGUUUUGCGCCUUUGUUAAUUUCAAGAAUGUUAACGACGCGGCCCACGCCAUGGAGAAACUCAACGGUUAUUUAAUUGAGAACACGCAUUUAGUGGUGCGCUAUCCGGACCGUCGCUCUCAGCGAGUUCUUCCUCUUCCACUCGGUGUCACGCAGCAGGCAGUUGCUGCUGCUGGACCCCGGCGGAGAGGCCCCGUAAAUGGAGACGAGUGUUACUUCUGGAGAACCACAGGCUGCCAUUUCGGGGCGAAGUGUCGCUACAAACACAUUACCGAUCACAAAGGCAAUGACAGGAAGCCGUGGCAGCCUUAAACUGACGUUUGCCUCCCUAGUUGACAGAAAACUGGGACACACCGUCAAUGGAACUGGAUGGUACGCUACUAAGCAGAGCAGCGUCUCUCGACCAGUAUGUAAUUUCCCCUGGUAAAAACGGAGCACAGAAGUCAAGGUCAGUGCCAGCACUCGGGUUGAAACGCAGGAGAAGUCAAGCAUGUGCCCCAAAAUCCACUGGGAAUGUGAUGACUUUCACUGCAAAACAAAGGAAUAACAGUGUCGCCCCAUGGUGACAUGUUGACUGCACUGAGCCUUAAGGGACCAAACCUCAAAGACGCACGGACUGAUAUAUUCUAUUGAUUCUGGUCUGUACAACAGUGAACAAAUGAUUGUAUUAGUUUGUACACAAGAGAAGAGUAUUAGGCUACGCUGAAAAUAAAGAAAUGGGAAAAUUACAAGAGAAAAAAAAGUCAAGUUACAGGAAUAAAGUUUGGAAUGUACGAGAAAAGAAAAAAAGAGACACAGUAUGAGACUAAAGUCAGAACAUUGAGUGAUUGUCGGAAGUGCCACGUAGACGUAAAAAACACUCUUCUGGUUUUUGUCUCAUAAUAUUCUGGCUUUGGUCUUGUAAAAUGAAAACCUUUUGUAAGUAUCAGGGUAACUUUGUGUGUAAUAUUACGGCUUUAUUCUUAAAAAAAUGAUUUUUUUUCUCAUUAUAUUAGGAUUUAGAUUUUCCCAAAUUACAACCUUUUUCACAACAUGGACAUUUCGUCUUUAUUUCUGUAAAUUGCAACCUUUUUUUAAAAUUACGACUUUAUUCUCCUACUAUGUUUUUUCUCUCCAACUCCAAUUUUAUUGUUGCAACAAUGAUUUUCUUAUAAAAUUGCAACUGUUGUAAAAUGAGACCAUGUCAUAUUAAAUCUUUUUUCUUGUGAUAUUACAACUUCUUUCUAGUAAAAUUACAGCUAUUCUUUUAAAAUGUAGAGCUUUGUUUUUUUUUUUUGUUUUUUUUUUUUUACACCGGUGUAAAAUGACAACUAUUCUUAUAUGACCUUAGAUGGAUAUAAUUCACCCCCCCCCCAAAAAAAAAUUCCUUAUGAUUUUAUUCCCCGAAAAUAUAUUUUUUCCCUCAUAAGUAACUACUUACUUUUUGGUAAAAUUACAUGGUUAGUCCCAUAAACUGACAUUUUGCUUGUAACAUUCUGAUAAUUUUUUCAAAUGUCUUUAUUCCUUGCAAUAGUCUGACUUCCUUCUUAUACAGUUCUUUUUUCCCCUCAUAGUAUUACACCUUUAUUCUCAGAUGUGAAAUGAGGACAUUGUUCUUGUAGUGUGACCUUUUUUCAUGUAAUAUAUUUUUUUUUAUUACCCUUGUAAUUCUGUGACUGUAUACUUGCAGUAUCAUUCUCGUUAUUUCUUUUCAAUGUGGCCUUAAUACUGAAACUUUAGUUGUACUUUUCAUCGUCAGCCUUUCCUUAAAACUGGACUCCAUGCUUUUUGUCGUCAUCAAUCGCUACAUGCUUUUGUUUUGAUUCUUUUAGCCAGUUAAAAAAAUAAACUGACAAUGAAUUAAAAGAAAAAAAAAAUCCAGGCACACGAUAUUAAUUCCUGUAUCCAACGAAAUGGCCACUUUAUUAUACUUUUUUUGCAGUGGGAACAAGUCACUGCUGAAUCUAUGCAAGAAAAAUGCUGGCUGACUUUUUCUGAUACACGUUUUGGCCUUCCCCCAUGUUGCCAUGAUGCAUAUAAAGAAAAGCAGUAUUUGUGAUCUCUCAGUAUUUCUUUGAACCAAAGAAUCUGGUGGCUCUGCACAAAAAAAAAAGAAAAAAAAGGCCUUUGCACCAACACUAGCACAUUAAAAUUGGUGUCAUCCAACAGCAACAUAACUGAAUAUUCUCGUUUAGGCCUACACUAUGUUCAUAAGUAAGAGUAACAAUAUUUAUUUCCUAUUUAUAGAUCUUUUUUUGAGUCCUGCCAUAAGGACAGGUUGAACAAAUGUUUAGUACAAAUGUUUAUUGUUAGACAAGCAUUCUUAUUAAGCACACUUUAAAUGUUAACACUGUUUGUGGCACUUCUGCUUCUCGUCCAUUAUUUUCUGCCUUAUGUUUUUUUUUUUUAAAAAGAGAAAUUGGACAACAGACUUGAUGAUCGAUCACAUUUGCUUAAUAUACUAUAUUGCUUUUAUUUGUGUUUCACCCAUUUUCCAAGUGUUAUUUCAGGAAAAGGGAUUUUCAAUUUCGAUGUGCACAUUUAGUGACCUGCGCACUGCAUUGUUAAUCCAUGACAUAUUUUGUAUUGUCACUGCACUGCAAUAGUGUUUUGUAUUUAAUAAAUGUUUUUUCAACUACA